GUAGGGGUAAACAAAAAACCAUUUCUAAGAAUAGGAGGAUCAACUGUUUGUAACUUUCACAAGGGAGAGCUGGAUUUAGAAUUAGUGUUUAUUUCGGUGGGAUUCAGCUGCUGUCUAUCUAUCAUUGGCCUGAUUUAUACCAAUCACAACACAGACAAAUAUUGGCAUCUCUUUGGCAGCGACUUCAAUAUGUGUUAAUCAAAAGAUUUUCCUCUUCUUUCUCAUAUUCCUUCGGCCUUAGAUUUGUCGAAUGACGGAAUUUUAUUUCUGAGGAAAUAUUUCGCAUUGAUUUGCAGCUGGUGUAUUUUUCUUGGGGCUUAAUGGUGUUAAAUUGAACAUGGAUUGGAUUUGAUAUUGAUAAAAUAUGAUUUUGAAGCAAGUGAUAAGAUAUUGCUUUGAAGAUUACGUAGAAGUCUUUGAUAGUUGUGAUAUUGAUAUCUACUGUAGAUUAUAAAUGUGUAGUAGGGCAUUUGCCAUUUCUGCCCCACUCCAUGCGUUGGAAGCUCCCAUUGUGAGCAUGAGCAGUCGAAAAAUGAGCAGUUCAAGCUCCAGCUCACUUGUGACGUACAGAAACUUGGGGAAGUCUGGACUGCGUGUAUCAUCUCUAGGACUGGGAACGUGGGUGACAUUUGGUGGACAAGUUACAGAUGAGGUGGCAGAAGAAAUACUUACUUUAGCAUAUGAAAGUGGAAUCAAUUUUUUCGACACAGCUGAGGUGUAUGCGGCAGGAAACAAACACGACAACCCAGAUUUACCACCCUCUGCUUUCGAGGCUAUGCAGGAAGCUAGUGAUGGAGCAGAGAUCACCUUGGGAAAGAUCCUGAAGAAAAAAGCAUGGAGAAGAUCAAGUUACAUCAUAUCCACCAAACUCUAUUGGGGUGGAAAGGCAGAAACAGAGCGAGGUUUGUCAAGGAAGCAUAUCAUUGAAGGACUGAAGGGUUCCUUAGACAGGCUACAGUUAGACUAUGUUGAUAUUGUGUUUGCUAAUAAACCUGAUCCUCACACUCCUAUGGAAGAGAUAGUUAGGGCUUUUACAUUUGUAAUCAAUCAAGGCUGGGCAAUGUACUGGGGAACUUCAAGGUGGUCGCCUACGGAAAUCAUGGAGGCGUACUCUGUAGCAAGGCAGUUCAAUCUCAUUCCUGCCAUUGCUGAACAGGCAGAAUAUCACUUAUUUCAACGAGACAAGGUGGAAAUAGCCAUGCCAGAAUUGUACCACAAAAUUGGUGUUGGCACAAUCACCUGGUCACCUUUAGCAGGGGGUAUUCUGACAGGAAAAUAUGAUGAUGGUGUUCCUAUUUACUCUAGGGCAGCUCUCAAGGGAUAUGUGUGGUUAAAAGACAAAAUUUUGAGUGAAGAUGGUCGACGCCAACAAGCCAAACUCCGGGAGGCAGCAGUGAUAGCAGAUAGAAUUGGAUGCUCCAUUACUCAACUGGCUAUUGCCUGGUGUUUGAAAAAUGAUAAUGUAAACAGUGUAUUACUCGGGGCCUCCACUGUUGAUCAGUUGUACACAAAUAUACAAGCUUUACAGUGGGUUCCAAAACUGACACCAGCCAUCAUGGGAGAACUUGAUAAAAUCCUGGGAAACAGACCAGGAAGACGGGAUGGAUUUAACAGGUCAUCAAGACGAUCCAUUCAGACUCAGCCUAAAACAUAACUCUGUGGGUAUGACACUUUCUCCUGUCAAGUAUGCACAUUCUAGUUCUCAUGGCAGUUAGGCCAAAAAUUUCAAUCACAUGAAUCUGUUGUUAUUUUAUACUUCUGUAGUAGGACCUAAAAACAGAAGACUUUUUUCUUCUUCUGUGGUUCAAUAUAUAAUCAGCCUGUAAAUUUAUUAAGGCAUUGGAAGUUUUGAAAUCCCCUUUUUAGGGUUUGUAACAAUUUUUUUUUUAAUUUUAAAGAAUGUAUUAAAGAUCAUUUUUCAUUUUGUAAAAGAAAUUAAACAACAUGUAGUUGCAAACAACUCUUUUUUUCAAGUAUGAUAUUAUAUAGUGUAUAAAAAAGUAUGU